UGAGUUGAGUAGAAAAAAAAAUGGCGGAGGUGCGUGGUGUCUCAGCUCUGCAAAAUGAGAUUGAAAAGGCGAGAGAAAACUUGAAAGGUGUCGAUGAAAAUAUAAAGAAACUGACUGGUAGAGAUCCAACAGAAAGGAGACAAUUUGCUCCUAAAAGACGUGUGGUGUCUGUAUCUGGUGAACUUAGAGGUAAAGAAAGGCUUUUUAGCCAAGCCAGGAGAGAGAUUGAGGCGUAUGUUUCCCCAGUCAAGCGAAGAGUUGUUGGAACUGCAUUUUCGAGGCUGGGACCGCCUCGUUUGGCUGGGAGAGACAGACAGAGGGCUGACAGUGGUGAUGAAGAGGACCUGCCCAACAAGCCAGCUGUUCAGUCUUCAGUAGGAAAUGUCAUUACCUCUAAGACACCAAGAUCAAGAAAAGAGAGCAUGGAUAAUCAAACUUCUGACAGGAAGGGUAACGCCAGAAACAAGAGAAUGUUCGGACUACUUCUUGGGACUUUACAGAAGUUUAAAACAGAGGCAAAAGAAACUGAAGAUAGGGAGACACACAGAAAAGAAAUAGAGAAGAAGUUGGAAGACAAAUUUAAACAAGAAAAAGAAGAAAUAAUCAAAGAGAGGAAACAACUCUUUGAAGAGAGGAAAAACCAGCAAGCUAAAAUACAGCGACUAGAACAGAAAAUGGAACUAGUUGAAAUGCAUGAUGAUUCUGAGAAAGAGGUAAAGAAGCUGGUCAAUUUUCUCCGUACCAAAGCCAAACCACACAUUUUCUACAUGCCAAGGAUUAUGAACGAAACCUUGACAGCAAAGUUGGUGGACACCAAGACAGCAGUGGAAGAAAUGAUUAAAGAAAGGAAAAAGAGACUGGAGGAGGAAAUUGAAAAACUGAUGGCUGAGGACGACCUUCCAGAUGAAAACCAGAGUGAUGAGGAGAAAGAAACAACUGAGAAAACAGAUAAAGAAAACAUCAGGAAUUUUAGACGUAGGAGUCAGUCGGGCCAUCAGGAUGAGGAGGAAACUCCUAGAAGGGGAUCAGAAAUAGUUAAAAGGGAAUCCCCAAGAAAGGGGCGGGAUAAUAGUGGGGGGAGACGCAAAAGUCAUGAGGGAGGGUCACAUAGACGGGACUCUUAUGAGGGGGAUAGGAAACGCCGAAAGUCCUCUGCUGAGAGACAUGAGAGCUCCAGUAAGUAUCGAAGGAGGAGUGAUGGGGAUGGGGGGCGAGAUAGACAUAGUAGAAGGGACAGUCACAGGUCAAAGAGGGAUGAUGCACCAAGGGAGGUUAAGAUAAACUAUGAUGAUCCAGAAAUGGAGGAAACUGAGGAACCAACAAGUAAAGGUGAGUUACAGGUCAAACCUCCAGUGGAGACAGAGGAGGAGGUCGUGGUUCCUGAUUUGGCAGAUAUCCAACUGCCAGAGGCUAAGAGUGAAAUUGAUGAGCGGAAAAUAGUAAUGCCAGAGGAUGCAGAGGAUGGGGAGUAUGAGGAAUCAAUGGAUGCUGUGGAUGAAUGAGGUGUGAAAGGGUGUUAUGUGAAUCUUAUUUCAUGCAUCAUGGAAUAUAAUUUGCCGGUGAGUAUGUGUGUAUGAUGUACUGGGGUGAGGGAAUUGAAAGAGAAGGGGGGAAGGGUUUUCAUUGAUUGUGUGAGAGGGAUUGUUUCACAAUACAGCAAGAGGACCAGUAAUGAACUGAAACAUUGUGGGGAUAGAAAAGGCUUGAGGAUGAGUGUUCAUUUUAAAUCAAGAAACCAUGAAGCAGUUACAGGGAUAAUUGAUUAGAUUGAAUAAAAUCCAUCAUAAUUAUGACAGUUCAUAUACAUUUGAUACCCUUUAUUGUUAAUGUUGUAAAUAAAAAAUUGAGUUGGUAGAGAAUUCCAUUUUUACAUAUUUCAUUUAAUGAUUUAACCACUUAAUACUUGUUUGAAAUAAACUUAUUCAAUACACAU